UUUUAUUUGCAUUUGGAUUUUUAGAUUGAUAACGUUCGUUAUUUUUAAUUGAUAUACGAAUUUCCAUUUUUUCACAUUCAAUUUAAUCAAAUGUUGAUUAUGAUUCAUCGUUUAUUUCUAGUCCUGAUUUACUUACUCAAAUUUUGUUUUGAUCGACAAUUGAAUACCAUCAGUGAUUUGUGUAGUCUACCAUUCCCUUUAACAAAUUCAUCCAAAUUGCAUGACUUAGUUCCGUAGUGGCUUUCUCUACAAUAUAUUUGGUUUUGAUACUAUCGUGUGGUCCAGGUGUUAAAGUAUUUAUGUCCAAUGCUGCUCGGACAGACGUACACGCGUCUGCACGUUUGCGAGAUCAUCAACAACCAGCCGUGUUGUCCGCCACAACAAGUGAAUCGUCACGUAAACGAUCUGUUCGAGGACCUGCGCGAUGGACUCAACCUCAUUUCGCUGCUGGAGGUGCUUUCUGGCGAACACCUCCCGCGCGAAAGAGGUCGUAUGCGUUUCCACAUGCUGCAGAACGUUCAGAUGGCCCUCGACUUCCUCCGCUACAAGAAGAUCAAGUUGGUGAACAUACGCGCCGAGGACAUUGUCGACGGGAACCCUAAGCUGACACUCGGCCUUAUAUGGACCAUCAUUCUGCACUUCCAGAUGGCAUGGCGCAACCCACGCGGUCACGACUCCGUGACGGGCACGAUACAGAUCUCUAGUGUUUGA